CCGGUUCCUUUCUCCCGCCCAUCGGCUUCGGCUUGCGGGCCUUUCAAACAUGGAGGAGCGCGAGUGGGGGGCGAGGUCGGCUCGCGCCGGCAGCCCAGCCAGCCCGCCCAGCCCGCGGCUGGACGUCAGCUCCUACAGCUUCGACCCGCUGCUGGCCCUGUACGCGCCGCGCCUGCCGCCCAUUCCUUACCCCAACGCUCCCUGCUUCAACAACGUGGCGGAGUACGAGAGCUUCCUGAAGGGCGGGCGCACCGGGCGCGGUCGAGCUCGGGGCACGGGAGAGCCGGCCUCGGCGGGAACCUCCACCGGAACCUCCACGGGAGCCGGGACCUCGUCCAGGGCCCGUCGCCGAGCCGCGCCCACCCCGGAUCCCGAGCGCAUCCAGCGCCUGCGCCGGCUCAUGGUGGUCAAGGAGGACACGGACGGCACGGCCGGGUCGCGACGCCAGGGCCCGGGGCGCAGCAAGAAGGCACCCCGCAACGUGCUCACGCGGAUGCCCUUGCAUGAGGGUAGCCCUCUGGGCGAGCUGCACCGCUGCAUCCGAGAGGGGGUGAAGGUGAACGUGCACAUCCGCACUUUCAAGGGACUCCGCGGCGUCUGCACUGGCUUCCUCGUUGCCUUCGACAAGUUCUGGAACAUGCUAUUUGAUCGGCUGAAACUCCAAGAUUCCAAAAAGGAAGCGGAUUCCAAGUCUGCAGUGGAGGACUCCACCCUGUCUCGUUACUCCCAGACAUCUACUUGGAAGGUGGCUUCAGUGUGGGGACGAGGAGACACUGACCGAGGCUCACACAGGCGCUCCCGCUCCGUCCCUUCUUCCCUGCAGGCAUCUGCAAGGGAGGAGUCCAGGUCUGAGCUGUCAGGGAGGACUACACGGACAGAAGGGUCCAGUGUGGGAGGUACCUUCUCCAGGGCCACCACCCUUUCACGGGGCCAGUCCCGUAAGAAAAAGCGAAAGCCCAAGGUGGAUUACCAGCAAGUGUUUACUCGACACAUAAAUCAGAUUUUCAUUCGAGGUGAGAAUGUCCUGCUGGUUCAUCUUGCACAGUGAGCAGCUCAGCCCCACUUGACCUUUGGGUUUUAGAAAUAAAGUGCAUGAACUGUUCCUAUGCUAUAUCCUAGUAUCCCAAACAGUGUGAGUCGAAGUGGUUCCCGCUGGUCCUGCCCAUGCAGAGCACAGAGCUGGCUCACCCUCUGGAAGGACAGGUCAGCAGUUCUAACCAGGCAACAGCCAUUCACAGGACAUGCUCUGACGGGCUGCCACUGGCUGCUCCAGAGUCUCAAGUGUAAGCACUUUGCUUUGACUUAGGGUCCCAGUACAAGUGGACUCCACUCCGUGGAAACCUCAGGAGUGUCUGAGAAGGAAUAAUUUCAUUUCCAAAGGCUAGCGCUCUGAGCACAAUGAGUUUGAUCUUACGAUGAUCGUGUUCGAGCCGUGUAAAUUGCCCAAGAUCCCGCAGCCAUAUCUUGGAACUGAUCUUCUACAUCAUUCUCUCUUGAUCAAGAAAUGAAAUUUUUUAUCCUUUGAAUAUUAAUAAGGUCUAGGAAAGUUACCAGCUUAUGAAGGAGUUAAGCUCAGCUAGGUGGUUGUUCCAAGCAGCAGUGGUAAGCUCUCUGCUCUGCCCCCUCAUCCCCUGGGAAGGCAUGCAGAAGCUUGUCGCCCUCACCAGAGGUGGCCUCUGCACAUGGCACACCAGAUGGGACUGUCCCGAACUUGUGGCUUGUCCUCUCCGACUCCUGUGGCAUGGUGCUAGUGCAUGUGACCUGUGCUGUCACCCCAUGUGUUAUGUGUGACCUGUCCUGAUGCGCCCUUCCUGUCUGACUUCAGAGAGUUCUACAUGAACUCAGUAAUGCACAUCUCUCUCACUGCUGGGAGUUGCCUUUCCAGGCGGGCCUGGCCUUGUGUAGAAAGUCUCAGAAUGGUGUCACCGAAAGAGGGGUCAUACUUUAUUCCCUGUGUCAAGCCAGUGAGGUUCUUAGAAAGAAAGAUGGGUGUGUCCUAAGGGCCCUUGACUCCCAUUUAUGCUUGAGUGUCAGGAAUACCAAAGGACCCGGGUUGCUCCUACUUGAAUUAUAUCAGCGUAUGCUUUUCAGUCACUAGUACAGACUGGCCUGCAUCUUGACAUAGACUGUUAGGCACCAUUGACUUACAAACUUUUGUUUAUACUUGCUCUGUCUUAGAUAACUUAUGUUCAGAGGGAGAAUGAGAAGUAGCUAGUUAGUCCAAAUGUAUGUUUGAAUAGAACAUUUCCCCUGCCGGGUCUUUCAAUAGCAUUGGUAAGCCCUCUGAGAAGCAGGGUAAAUCAAGUUUAGAGACUGGGACACUUGGUUCUUCUGUUAGCUGGACCACUGCCUCAUCAGACAAUGAAAAGUCAGCAGACGUGCCUCAGUUUCCCCAUCAGACACCUACCUCACCAGGGCACUGUGGCAGAGUUUCAGGAAGACAUUUUACAGCCUCUAAGCAUAUCUAAGUGCCGUGAAUACAUUUCCUUAUUCUAGAGUAUAGCUCUGUAAAACUUCUUGUUCUGUGAGUGAGGCAGGUGCUGUAUAAGAAAGCGAUCUUCCAGCUGUCAUUUCUGGUCCUGUAGCCUCCAUCAGAGGACUAUGAGAGCUUCCUGGUCUGUCUCUCCUCUAGAAAGAAGCAGGAGUUCUCAGAGGAACACCUUCAUCUAGGAGAAAGUGACUCUCUCCGCUGCUGCCCCACAUCCCAGGCCUGCUUUUCAAGGGUAUCUGUUCUGGUACUGCAGGGAGAAUAUGCAGCUAAAAGCACAGAUCCCAAAGGGGAUUUCUGGGCUUGUCUCUUCUCACUUUACCUGUUUUUAUUUCCAGUUGUAUCUACAUUUAAAGGCAGGGCAGGUGCACUGGAAGCUCUGGUAAAGACUCAAGCUCAAAGCUCUUUAUCCUGUAGUCUAAAUUCUCCUCGGCCUCCUGGGCCAGGUCUGUUGUUCAGUUGCUUUGCUCACCCAUCAGUCUGGAGCGCCUCUCAAGCCUUGCUCCCUGUGUGGCUCUGCACCCCCAUCUGCCCUGUCCCCCUUAGGUAGAAGCUAGAAUGGAUGCUCUUUCCCCGACUGUGUAGAGAUGUGCAAUCCAAAGGAAUUGAGGGGUUUCUGUCCAUCCUAGUGAGCUCCUGGUGCCAACCUCAUGUUAGCAUACAGCUUCUCACAUUUCUAUAAGGUCUGAUUUAUAAUUCCCCUCAACAUGACAACUCUCUGUGAAAACUGUCUUUGAAUUUGUGUUCUAAUUUGCGUAAUUCGGACAAUGAUUCAGAAAUGAACACUCUUUAGGAAAUGUGCAGUUUUGUGCAAAGCAUGGCAAUUAUUUUUUAGAAAAGUCAAUUUAAUAAACUAUUGCCUCUAGUUUUGGAACAAUUUUCAAAAAUAAAGAAAAAUAGGUCCUAAUAAUGUUCUGCUUCUCCAAAUAUCACAGAUAUCACAGGUCAUCUGUGAGUCACUGUAGUGACUUGGGGGAUGGGGAACUGUGCUGGGUGCUUCAUGGUGGUCCCUGUGCUCUGUUCAUGAGACCCUGAGUUCAGUCUCUGGCCUGGAUGAAUGAGUGAGUCAAUGAGUCACUGGCUGAAGUUUUCCUUCUGAGAAAAAAAGAACCCAGGAAAAGGGGUUGGUGAGGUCACCUAGAAGAUGCAUCCCUUUCCACUAAGGAGUCGCACAAUUCAAGAACGGAAUAGAACCUCUUCACUUGUGUUCUGUGGGGGUUACAGUUCUCUUACGGAUACACUUUACUUUUGAAUAAAUGGCUCUGAUUGUUCAAACUAAUUUCUAGCCAUCUGAAUAAUUCACAGAAUAUAACUAUUUUUAUUUUUUUUUGAAACAGUCUCACUGUGUCUGCCUGUCUGGGCUGGAACUCACUAAGUAGACCAGGCUAGUUUCAGACUCACAGAUCUGCCUGCCAUUGCUAUAACUAAAGAGGUGUCCUACCACCCUUUGACUCAGCCAUUAAUGUUACCAGCUUGGCCACAGUUCUUGUGCUCAGCUUGAAGAGAAAUUACAUGUGGGCAAGUAUUACCAUCUGAACAGGCUGUUAAAGGUUCAUGCUCAAAUGUAAGGGAGACAACACACAGGACAGGACAGGGCAGGACAGGGCAGGACAGGGGCCCUGGGUGCUGUCCAAGAACUAAGGAAUACAACUUAAAUAGAGAAAGGGAGCCUGGUUAUACAGGCCCAGUCAGCCCAUUGUACAGAGGCCUAGAUUUCUCCGUGUGUCUCGGUGGCUGGGUUGAUGGAGUGGUCUGUGUGCUUCUGUCAGUGCUUUUGCAGAAGCUGCUGGCUGUGCUCAUACCACCAGGAAUAUCCUUGUGUUGGUCAAGUUCAGACAUGAUCCAUAUAGGUCACAGGAAAGCCGGGGAGUGGGGGAAGGUUACAUGUGGGAGUACUGUUUGAAAGAAGUAUGCAUUAAAUGGGCAGAGUUAAUGUAGAACCAUUUCUGUGUCCACAAAGCCGUCCUUAUACUCCAUAUCAGUACAGCUGUCACCUGGGUUGUCUGUCUUAGUGUCUGGGAGGCCUGAGGUUUCCCUUAGGACCAGCAGGUGGUUUGUGAAAUGCUUAGCCAGUUAGCAUCUGAGGCAGGGAUCUGAAGGAGUCUGUGUCUUGCUCUUUCUUUGCCUGCUGCCCAUGAAGGCAGAGAGCUUUCUGGUGUGGGUGCCCAUGAACUCUUGCUGGGAGCUGCUGUCGGAUCAGAAGCAGCCUCAUCUGCCUUGGCAUAGAAAGAGUGCUCCUUCGGGCUGUCAGGUCAUGAGCUCUGGGCUGCCCUUACUCCUCAUCAGCCUCACAGAGGUCUGUGCCGACACUUCUGCCCUUUAAGACAAAACAAUAGACCCAGCAUGAGUGGAAGUGGGUGUCUGUUUGCACCAUUCCCGUGACAGCCAUGCAGGCAAAAUCAUGAAAUACACUUGGUUCUGUAAAUUGCUUCUUUAAAUGUCCUGUAGAUUUUUUCCUGUAAGAAAAAAAUUAAAAGUAUUCAAAGACAGCUAGCUGUCACUGGUGCUCCCCCAAAGGGUUUCAUCCCUUAUGUGCUUUUUAUGAAUGAAAUGGUUGCGGUGCGAGAGUUAAUGGAAGAAAGAGUCUGGUGGUAUAGAGUAGUUUGAGAGAUGUCUUCAUUUUUCUCUUCCUGCCCCGUAUCUGAAAUGCAUGCAGCCUACUGUCGGUAACCUUGUUCACCUGUAUCUCUCUUGCCCAGAAGGCUUUCCUCAGUGUUUGGAAGUAAAACCAUCUCCUCUGGCCCGUGUGGGAAAGGCUCUUAAGCCUGCUUUCUGGCAAGCCUUACUUUCUGGCAAAUUGGUGGAUUUCAGAAAAGCCUUGGGGGGCUUGGGGAUUUAGCUCAGUGGUAGAGCGCUUGCCUAGCAAGCGCAAGGCCCUGGGUUCGGUCCUCAGCUCCGGGGAAAAAAAAAAUGUAUAAAAAGAUAAGCCUUGGGCUCCUGUCACGGUUCUCUGAUGAGGGGUUGGGCCUCCUUACCCCGCCAACGUCUUGAGUAUUUUUCAAAUGUCUGUCAUUUCUCUUGCACUUUCCUAAUAAAAGUGAAAGCCCUCUGUCAAGAAAAGGGGGCAAGAAAACUCAGCAAACCUCAGACGCUUGAGGUCUGUAAGCUGCAGCGUCCUGGCUCCCUGAGAACACUGUCUGCAAAUACGGGCACCCCCAGGGAAGGCUGGGAGUUUGGUUCCUGGCAGCCACUUCUGAUUGAGUCCUUGGGAGCAAAUGUCUGAUGCUGUAUUUUCAGAACUGUGAGGAGAUGACUGGGAACUCUUGGGGUUGCUUCAGGUGAUUGAUCGCCUGAUUUCAGAGCAGCUGGUCCCCUUUUCUGUUUUCCCCACAGGAAAGCAAGACAGCCACGCCCUAAAACACGCACACGUGUAAUCCCUCAGGCAGGUCCCUGUGAGUUCCAGGCCAGUCUAAGCUACAGAGGGAAAGUGUCUCAAAAAACUAAAAUGACAGCAACCAAAAGUAACUUGCUUAUUCAGUACAGACAUGUGAAGACUCUGUCUGGCAACUGUGUCCCCUCUGCACCGUGACUCCGUGAUUUUGUGGGCAGGGCUGAAGCCGGAUGACUCUAGGAGUGCUGAUACGGCAAGGGAUAUAAGAACCCCCGACUAACCUCAUCUAUCACCCCUUGUCGUUAGGUUUGGGACCCUUCUCGUUGAGGGGCCUGCUGCUCGACCUUUGCAAUGUUCUGCUUUUGAUAUGUGUCAGAUGGGAGUCUGGAAACUAUAAUAAAUAUGAUUGUAUCCAUUUA